AUGUCCGUUAAUUCCGCAGUUGUUUUCAGUCUCGGAUUGGCUCUCUUCCUUACGGGCAUUGAGGCGACAAUUGUGAGCACGUCGCUGGUAACCAUCGUCGAUGACCUUCAAAACUUUGAACAAAGCAGCUGGAUUAUCACCUCCUACCUCUUAACAUAUACAGGUUAUUUAAGAUCCAUGUAUCGCAGAGUCAUCAGUCGCGCCUUUCAAGGAAUUGGUGGUGCUGGUGUAUACACUUUGGCAUGCUUCUCUUUCAUCCGCAUCGUUCCCCCUGAGCAAUACAAGCUGACCACCACGAUUGCUGGCGGUGUCAUAUCACUUGGCCUUGUCCUCGGGCCCUUGUUUGGAGGUGCCAUUUCCAACAGUGGAAAAUGGCGAUGGGUGUUCUUGUACAAGUAA